CGUCUGGCCAAGUCCUGGCGCCUGGUCUACAGCAUGGACCAGCACGGCAUCAGCAUGAACUCGCUGCUCUCCCGCUGUGAGAACGCCGGCCCAAUGGUGCUGGCGAUAAAAGACACAAAAGGCAGGGUCUUUGGGGCGUAUCUGAAUGAGCCUCUGCGGCUGAAUCCCAGCUUCUACGGCAACGGCACAUGUUUCCUGUGGAAGGCGUUCAGGUCGUCGCCAGAGUCACGCAAAAAGGACGCCGUCAAGCAGUUCAAGUACACCGGCGACAACGAGUACUUCAUCCUGUGUGAUCCAGAUUUCGUCGCCAUUGGCGGUGGUCGCGGCAAAUUCGGCAUGUGGUUCAAGAGCGACUUUCUGCACGGGUACUCGGCCCGGUGUCCGACAUUCAACAACGAGCCACUGUAUGCACAGCAGGAGUUUGUCGUCGCCCACCUCGAAAUCUGGGCGUUCAGCUCUUAG